GUAGUCUGCAUUGUACAGGCAUUUAAAUAAAGCGUAGUUUUGGAGAACGAGGAUGACGGAGAGGCGCAAAGUGCUGGUUAUACGACGACAUGUAUUUGCUCCUCUUCAUUGGUCAGAAUGUUCAAUUUGAGUCCGCAUCUCAAAGAAAAAAACAAGGAAUUGUGAAAUGAAUAUCAACGGCGAAACAAAAUGAUUAGGUGUACGGACACCGUGUUGGCCGAAAUUAAACUGUGAAAACCUGUAACCGCGAAAGCGACUGUGAAGGGGACGAGAUGCGAAGUUAAUGACGCUUUAGUCUUCAUUAAAGGGGGCGAACACGUCGAGAAGGCAAAGUACUGCUAGAGGAAUUGCUACGCGGUUUUUGUUAGAAUUACAUUUCUGAAAGGGAAUCUGCUGUUGCGCGGAGAACUGAUCGCACCCGGUUAAGCGUUCAACAGGAAACCAAUCAUUUUACAAAUGAAUUGCUGAUUUGAGGUGGAGUAAGAGGAGGCGACCUUCCCUUUAUCAACUCGAAACGGAGCUGCUUCAAUUCCUCUCUUCCUCGCCGUUCUACCGGGGUGAUUUAAUGUGGAUCGUGAGACGCGCGCGACCAGCUCAGUGUGGCGUUUUGUAACGGCGCCUGACCGAAGACAGCCCCCUCAAACUUCCUCUGAGCGCUGGGGAUAAUGCACAGCACCGGGCGCUCCGGAAAUAACGGGGGAAAGAAAAUUUCAUAUUCACAUUUCAUAUUCGCAAUACUUUGUUUUUUCACUGAAAGAAACAUGGAGCGACUUUAUUUAAACCUCAGCUUAUAAAGGCUCUAUUUUCGUCUUCGUGUGCAUGUGUUUGCUGUUAAUGUAUAUCAUUAUAAACAUAUAUUUUUUGUUUUUAUUUGCUCGGUACGGCUCAGCCCUUGUAUUGUUUUGCCCGCUUGACGCUGGGUUCAGUGAUUGACAUUUCCGACGCGUGGAAUAUCCUACUUCAUUUUAUUUGCCGGUGGUUAUUUCUAAUACAGCAUACAUUUAUCGACGGUUAUAUGUUUUGAUUAUUUUUGUUUCGGUGGACAGCCGUUUAUUCUUGACAUGGCACUGAAAGCAACAAGCAACAAGCAACGGCGCGCGCUGUGAUACGAAUCAGCGACGUGCGCGGUUUGGGUAGGCUAACUAAUGCAAUGCACAUCGGACGUACUUUUGAUUUCUUCUCGUUUUAAUGACUUUAUCUUUCAAAAGAAUGGCCUCGAUUUUAAUGACUUAAAGCCCAGUCGCUUCAUUUAUAUGUUGAACAGGUGCACCGCGUCUCUCUUUUCUUGCGCGUGUCCACCGUGGUGUUUGUGGGAUCAUGACCGGUUACGGUCUCGGCGCGAAGCUGAAGCCGUCCUCUCUGUGGAGAUUGAUCUGGCUGACAAACUUGUUGGGUGAACUGGCCAUGUCGCAGGAGAUAUAUGCGCCCCACUCUAUCAGAGUUGAAGGAGAUUUGACUUUGGGGGGCCUUUUCCCCGUGCACGCCCGUGGUCCCCCCGGUUUUCCUUGCGGAGAUAUCAAAAAGGAAAACGGGAUCCACCGGCUGGAGGCUAUGAUGUACGCUUUAGACCAAAUUAACAGCGACGAAGAGCUUUUGCCCAACAUAACCUUAGGCGCGCGGGUGCUGGAUACGUGCUCGAGGGACACCUAUGCAUUGGAGCAGUCUCUCACCUUCGUUCAGGCUCUGAUACAAAAAGACACUUCGGACGUGAGAUGUACAAACGGAGAACCGCCCGUGUUUGUCAAGCCGGAGAAAGUGGUUGGAGUGGUCGGAGCGUCUGCAAGUUCUGUGUCCAUAAUGGUAGCGAACAUUUUGCGACUAUUUCAAAUCCCUCAGGUGAGCUACGCCUCCACGGCGCCGGAGCUCAGUGAUGACCGGCGCUACGACUUCUUCUCGCGCGUGGUGCCGCCGGACUCCUUCCAGGCGCAGGCCAUGGUGGACAUCGUCACGGCGAUGGGCUGGAACUACGUCUCCACGCUGGCCUCGGAGGGCAGCUACGGCGAGAGGGGCGUGGAGGCCUUCACUCAGAUCUCCCGGGAGACCGGGGGGAUCUGCAUUGCUCAGUCCCUGAAGAUCCCCAGCGACCGGAAGGAGGAGGAGUUCGACAAGAUCAUCCGGCAGCUCCUGGACACACCCAACUCCCGGGCUGUUGUGAUCUUCGCCAGUGAAGAGGACAUCCGGGGCGUGCUCAACGCCAGCAGGAGAGCCGGCCGGGCGGAACACUUCCUGUGGAUCGGGUCGGACAGCUGGGGAGCCAAGCACAGCGCCGUCCACCAGCUGGAGGAAGCUGCGCUCGGGGCCAUCACCAUCCUGCCCAAGAGGGCCACCAUCGAAGGGUUUGAUGCAUACUUCACCACUCGCACCCUGGAGAACAACCGCAGGAACGUGUGGUUCGCUGAGUACUGGGAGGAGAACUUCGACUGCAAGCUCAUGAGCUCCUCCAAGAAAGAGGACACCAGCCGCAAAUGCACAGGUCAGGAGCGCAUUGGGAUUGACUCUCAGUAUGAGCAGGAGGGGAAGGUGCAGUUUGUGAUUGACGCGGUGUACUCUGUGGCCCACGCCCUGCACAGCAUGCACAGAGACCUGUGCCCGGAACAUUCCGGAGUCUGCCCCGAGAUGGACCUGGCGGGCGGCAAGAAGCUGCUCAAGUACAUCCGCAGCGUGAGCUUCAACGGUAGCGCAGGUACGCCUGUGAUGUUCAACAGGAAUGGCGACGCCCCUGGACGUUACGACCUGUUCCAGUACCAGAUGAGCACUAACAGCUCCCCGGGGUACAAGCUGAUUGGCCAGUGGAUGGACAUGCUCCACCUUAAUGUGGAGGACAUGCAGUGGCCGGACGGCGAGCAGGACGUCCCGCGCUCGGUGUGCAGCCCGCCCUGCCGGGCGGGGUACAGGAAGAAGCGGGUGAAGGGUGUGGCCUGCUGCUGGCACUGCGAGCCGUGCGACGGGUACCAGUACCAGCUGGACGAGACGUCCUGCCGCCUCUGCGCCUACGACAUGCGGCCCACGCCCAACCGCACCGGCUGCCAGCCCAUCCCCGUGGUGCGGCUGGAGUGGCACUCGCCCUGGGCCAUCGUGCCCGUCUUCCUGGCCAUGCUGGGCAUCGUCGCCACCAUCUUCGUCAUGGCCACCUUCGUGCGCUACAACGACACGCCCAUCGUGCGGGCCUCGGGCCGCGAGCUGAGCUACGUGCUGCUGACGGGCAUCUUCCUCUGCUACAUCAUCACCUUCCUCAUGAUCGCCGCGCCGGACGUGGCUGUCUGCGCCUUCCGCCGCCUCUUCCUGGGCCUGGGCAUGUGCAUCAGCUACGCCGCGCUGCUCACCAAGACCAACCGCAUCUACCGCAUCUUCGAGGAGGGCAAGCGCUCUGUGACCGCGCCCCGCUUCAUAAGCCCCGCCUCCCAGCUGGCCAUCACCUCCAGCCUGAUCUCGGUGCAGCUGACCGGGGUGUUUGUGUGGUUCGGGGUGGACCCCCCCAGCGCCGUGGUGGACUACGACGAGCAGAAGACCACGGACCCGCAGCUGGCCCGCGGCGUGCUCAAGUGUGACAUCACCGACCUGCAGAUCAUCUGCUCGCUGGGCUACAGCAUCCUGCUGAUGGUCACCUGCACCGUCUACGCCAUCAAGACGCGCGGCGUGCCCGAGACCUUCAACGAGGCCAAGCCCAUCGGCUUCACCAUGUACACCACCUGCAUCGUCUGGCUGGCCUUCAUCCCCAUCUUCUUCAGCACCGCGCAGUCCGCUGAGAAGUUGUACAUCCAGACGAGCACGCUCACCAUCUCUAUGAACCUGAGUGCGUCGGUGGCUCUGGGGCUGCUGUACAUGCCCAAGGUGUACGUGAUCAUCUUCCACCCGGAGCUCAACGUGCAGCGCAGGAAACGCAGCUUCAAGGCCGUCGCCACGGCAGCCACCAUGUCCUCCCGCCUGGCGCACAAGGCCAGCGAGCGGCCCAACGGCGAGGCCAAGACCGAGCUGUGUGAGAGCGCCGACCCCAGCGGCACCGCCGUGAAGAAAAACUAUGUGAGCUACAACAGCCUGGCCAGCUAAAGCCCGGAGACCCGCCAUCACUCUCCCGCUCUUCUGUGCGGGCGAACGGACAGACGGACGGACAGAUGAGAGGGACAGACGGACUCUUGCACAGCAAGGCCCCCCCCCACUCCGGCACGGAGGUGUGGGCCUUCUCUUUCACAGAGGGUGUAGGCCUGCUCUUUCACAGAGGAUGUAGGCCUGCUCUUUCACAGAUGAUGUAGACCUUCUCUUUCACAGAUGAUGUAGGCCUUCUCUUUCACAGAGGAUGUAGGCCUGCUCUUUCACAGAGGGUGUGGGCCUUCUCUUUCACAGAUGAUGUAGGCCUGCUCUUUCACAGAGGGUGUAGACCUUCUCUUUCACAGAAGGUGUAGACCUUCUCUUUCACAGAGGAUGUAGGCCUUCUCUUUCACAGAGGGUGUAGGCCUUCUCUUUCACAGAGGAUGUAGGCCUUCUCUUUCACAGAGGGUGUGGGCCUUCUCUUUCACAGAUGAUGUAGGCCUUCUCUUUCACAGAUGAUGUAGGCCUUCUCAUUCACAGAGGCUGUGGGCACAGUCUUCGGUUUGGAGGCUGCGCAGAACCCUGUAAAGACACAGCCGUGCGAUUACCGUGCAAACGAGCAUGAGGGCUGGAAACUAAACCGCGUUUCAGGAAGAGAAAGACCAGCUUCAUGCUCUGUAGUCCCAAAAACAGGAGAAAGAGUCAGAGGAGAAUGGUGGAGCUGGAUGGAGUGGCGCCCCCUAAUGGUUGGUGGACACGGUGCCUGCAGGUUGGUCCUGGGUUUGAGCCUUUGCUCUAAUGGGAUGCCCCCCCCCUCCCCUCCCCUCUUUCAGAGUAGGGUUUUUACGCAGUUACACACCUGUGAGCGAGAGUUAUUUUUUCAGUUUUACGCACCUGGUACUGAUUGUUCCAGUUUUUCACCAGUUCUCACAUUUGUUUUGCUUGCUAGAUGCACAAUUUAUUAAAGCCAUAUUCUUCUCUAUGAGGUUAUAUCAUUUUUAUCAUAGUUACCUUUUUAUUGCCUUGUUUUAUAGUCUGUAACUGUACACAUUGUGUACAAUGGUAAGAAAGUGAUGUCAGUUAUUUGUAAAAAAAAAAAAGAAAAAAAAAGAAAAUUAAUGAGUCAUUCACUUUCCACGCUUCUCCAAAUCUCUAACAUGUUUAUUUUCUUUUUAUUUACAUUUUUCUCUGAAAUUGUAGCCUUGAGAAAGACAGUUGGGUUUUAACUUUGCUGGUGACUGUUUCAGUAUUUAUGAGUGUGUCCGUCCAGGACCACAGAUAUUCAAAAGAUGUUUAAAUGGUUUUAGAGUUUUAGGUUUGGGGUGAAGGUUUCCCAUCUGCACACCUCUGGUUACACAUGAUGUUCACUUGCAUGCCUGUUAUGUUUAAUGAAAAAAAUGUAUAAAAUAUAAUUUCCAGCCAGAAACUUCCUUCUUUUGCUCCGAUGUUCCCUUUCUCCAGGCAGAAUAUGGCUUUAAUCCAUCUGGGGGUUUAUUUCUGCCUGCAACCAUGGAAACGGCUUGAGAAAAACGGAAUUGUAUAUAAAUAUAUAUUUAAAAAUGGAAAAGCAUGUAUGUUUUAUACUGUUUGUACUGAGUAUAUUUACGCUCUUGUGCCAAUCUUGUGGAAGAGUUCAGUUUGGCCAUCAUCUCAGUGUACUGUGGUUUUGUCUGAUGUGUCGACAUGAAAUAAAUCCAUUUUGUUAUCUUUUGUA